AUGGUCCUGACCGCCGUCCAGGGCCUGGACACUGGCGGGGACCACCUGGAGGCUGCCGGCCACGUAUGUGUCCUGAAAGAUGCCUCGGACUUGGAAAGCUCGUCCGGAGUCGCCAAGCUCAUCGAGGCCGAGAACCUGGAGGCGGCGCUGGCCCUUCAUCUCUACAGAGGAGGCCGGCUCCUGCAAGGUCAUGGAGUCCCUUUCGGAAUCAUCUUUGGUGGAACCGACCUAAAUGAAGACGUAAACCACGAAGAGAAAAACAAAGUGAUGGGGAAAGUCCUCGAGGAAGCCAGAUUUGCCGUCGCUUUCACAGAGUCCAUGAAGGAAGUGGCAGAAACGCAGUGGUGUGUGCGUGCGCUCCGCAGCGGCCUUUUGGAGACUGCAGGGCAGACAGCAAGACAGAGUCGCGGGCUGUCGCUUGCGCAGCCGGUGGGACAGCCGCAUGCUCGGAGUAAGAUCUAUGUCCAGAGUCAAGGAGUCGUGACUGUACCAAACGCUGCCUUUAACUGGAACACCUUUCUUCACCAAUCAGGGAUUAACCAAAGUGCUGAUAAUUUAUACAUCUUUCUCCUGGUGUGUGGACUCAGACAAGUGAAGGACCCUCUCUAUCUGGUGGACGCCUUCUCAGAGUGGCAUCGAGAAGAGCCUAAUGUUUACAUGGUGAUCGUGGGCCCUGAAGUGGACCCCGUGUUUACCAGGGAAGUGGAAGCCAAAGUACAGAGGACCCUGGGCGUGCGGCUGGUGGGAGAGAUGCCCCAGGGGGACCUGCACGCGGCGCUCAAGAACUGCUUCGCGGUGGUGAACAGCUCGGUGUCCGAGGGCAUGUCCGCGGCCAUCCUGGAGGCGAUGGAUCUGGAGGUUCCCGUGCUGGCCAGGAACAUCCCCGGGAACGCGGCCGUGGUGAAGCAUGAGGUCACCGGGCUGCUGUUCUCAGACCCUCAGGAGUUUGUUCACCUGGCAAAGAGACUGACCAGAGACCCCGCUCUGGAGAGAGACCUCGUGGCCCGCGGGACGGAGUACGUGAGAGCCUGUCACUCAUGGCAGGCGGAGAGGCACACCUACCAGAGCCUCAUCAGGACCCUGGAGGGGAGCAUCCAGGACUAGGGCGCCAGCCUGGAGCCACCACGCCCGUCCGCGCCGCCCUGGGCAGACACCAGAGACAGAGCCCGGGCCGCGGGCCCCUCCCGGGACUGCUCACACCAGCGGUACUGGAAUCCUAGACAAACAGCACCAGUUAGAAGGCAGAAGCUCUUCCGGAGCCUGCUUCCCGAUAGCGUCCCGGACGGGUCCCCCCGACCAGAGACGCGGGGGGCCCCUGGGCUCCGGGGGGCUGGGGCGGGGGGUCAGGAGGGGCCGCGUCAGCCGCGACAGGGCCCCGUGCACCACAGGGUGCCAUUUGCAAGCCGCCGCGGCACAGACGCUUCCCCGCGGGUCUUCUGAUGACUUACGACCCAUCCUUGUUCGAAAAGCAAACCCUAAAAUCACACCUGGCCGCAGA